AUGUCGAUCGCAGCAGCAUCCCUCAAGCACAUCACGGCGAUGUCGUUCGAGUUCGCCCCGCUGAGUGCGUCGCAGGCGUCGAGGUCGAUGCGCCUGCUGCUCGCACGCCUGCCCACCAAGCCUCCCAUGCCCGGCAUGGAUCUGCCGGACAUCUCCACCAAGACUGUCCCCACAGAUGCACUCCAGAGGGUCGAGAUCACCUACAAGAACAAGCAGAAGCUCGUGCUCGACCACCAGGCCGCAGAGGCCCGCCUCACAGACCUCGUCAAGAAGAUUGAGGAGCCAGCACGGGCUUUGCGUCUCAAGGAGGAGGGUCUCUGA